AGCGGCCGAGGCGCGGAGGAUGGAGGAGAGGGCGGGAGCGGGAGCGCCGCCGCUGGUGGUGGUCGUGGCCGCGCUGGUGCCCGCAGUCCUACUGCUGCUCCUGAUUAUUGCGCACCUGACGGCCACAAAAAUGCCAAUCCUCAACCGUUUUGACAAAGAGAAAUUCUUCUUGAAUCCAAUUUCUGGAGAGAAGGAAUUCUUCCCUAGUAUCCAUGACCCUUCCUCUAAAGAACUGUCUGUUGUGGUCCCGUCUUACAAUGAAGAGCAAAGACUACCACUGAUGAUGGAUGAGGCUUUGCAGUAUUUGGAAAAUAAACAGAUGCAAGACCCAGAGUUUACCUAUGAAGUGAUUGUGGUAGAUGAUGGGAGCAGUGAUAAAACAACAGCGGUUUCACUGAAGUAUUCCAAGGAGUAUGGGACUGAUAAAGUGCGAGUGCUAACACUAGUGAGAAAUCGUGGGAAAGGUGGAGCUGUCAGAAUGGGUGUGUUGAGCUCCCGAGGACGGUACAUUCUAAUGGCUGAUGCUGAUGGAGCCACUAAGUUUUCUGAUGUUGAGAAGUUGGAUGCAGGCUUGAAAAGUCUCGAACCACAGGCAGGCAACAUGACCAUUGCAUGCGGCUCCCGAGCUCAUUUGGAGAAGGAAGCUAUAGCUCAACGUUCCUAUUUUCGAAAUAUACUCAUGUAUGGCUUUCACUUCCUGGUGUGGUUCCUGUGUGUGAGAGGAAUAAGGGAUACGCAGUGUGGGUUCAAGCUUCUAACACGUCAGGCAGCACUACGGACCUUUUCAACCUUGCACGUGGAGCGCUGGGCUUUUGAUGUGGAACUUCUUUACAUUGCCCAGUGUUUAAAGAUUCCAAUUGCAGAAGUUGCAGUGAAAUGGACAGAGAUCGAGGGAUCAAAGCUGGUUCCCUUCUGGAGUUGGCUGCAAAUGGGUAGAGAUCUACUCAUUAUCCGAUUACGUUACCUAACUGGUGCCUGGAGCCUUGAAAUGCCUAAAAAAAUUGCCUGAGUCAUUGUACUGUAACUGUUUGAGGACCUGCAAAAGUGUGUCUAUACAUUGGAUAAAUUGAUCAUUAAAAUAUAAUCAAUAAACUUGGUGAUGGAGAGGGUUGUUUACUGUAAAUGAUGAUGCAACUUUUUUGCACUGCAUUCACAACAGUCCCUUAUUUCUGUUUUAUAGAUUGUGUAAUGAUGAAUAAAAUGGAAAUU